AUGGGACGACACUCCCAGAUCCGUGGUGGGCGCGACGACCGCCUGAGCAAGCUCGACGAUGGCGUUCUUGGCAACAUCCUCUCCUUCCUCCCCACCAAGGAGGCCAUGCGGGCGACCGCGCUCUCCACCCGGUGGCGGGACGUCUUCACCAGCGUCCACACGGUUUCUCUAGAGCAAUCGGAAGGCACCGUCUCCCUCGCCAACGGCGUCAACGACGUGCUCCUCGCCCGAUACCGCCACGGCUGCGCCACCGUCCCGAUCCGCUCCCUCCGAGUGGCCUUCCGCUACUACAGUGACGGGAUGAACGACCUCGACUCCAUGAUUGACCGGUGGAUCUCGUACGCCAUCCAGCAGAGUGGACCAGAGCUCCACCUCGACCUGCGCCUCCGCGCCGAUGAAAUCUGCGGCCGCGGCUACUCCCUCCGCAGCGCGGCCGAGGAGAACCAGCCCGGCGUUCAAGACGACGAGCGUGCCAGCAGCAGACGCUCCGCUUGCAGUUCGGACGAUGAAAACCGCGAGGUCGAGUCGCUCCUUCAUGCCCUGGAGGGCAUCGCCCUGGACGCCAUCUCCGACGACGAGGUUGAGACGACCCCUCCUCCCAAAAGACCAUGGCUACGGCAGCAGAAGGACAAGCUGUACACUGUUCCACGAUCUGUCUUCUCCUGCGCCGCGCUGCGCACACUGUGCCUCGGGUGCUGCAAGCUCGACCCGCCGGCGGGCGGGACCAACCUGCCGUCCCUCAAGGCGCUGGUCCUGACCCAUGUUGCCGACUCGGCCAGGAAGAUUCAACGGCUCAUCUCCAGCUGCCCGUUCCUCGCCGACCUGACGCUAGAGGCCUGCGCCAGAGUGAGGGAGCUCUCCGUGCUCGACAAACGCCUCCGCAGGCUGACCCUGCGGUGUUGCCACCGGUUGGCGAGCGUCAUCAUCGAUGCGUCGGAGCUGCGCGCCUUAGAGUACAGGGGUGACGUGCCCGCGCAGCCAUCGUUUCUGACCAUGCACCACGGCCCGCGAAGCCUCUUGUCAUGCAGAGUCGAUUUAUGCGGCGGGGAGCUAACGUCGGAGGAGGAUCUCACCCACCUCGACGAAUUCCUCCACCACUUUGGACCCACGGAGCAUUUGCACCUGACGUCCGCCCGCCUGGGCUCCGGCAUCGACAACGACGCCUUCGCCACACGGUUCCCGACGUUCUUGAAGCUUCGCCACCUUGAGCUCACGGGCUCCCUGCCGCACGACGACGAUACCCACGGCAACGCCGUCGUCGCUGCGGUGGCAAGGAUCCUGGGGCAUGCCCCCAACCUGGAGGUGCUCACGCUAUUCUUCAAGACGCCGCCUCGCGAGAAGCCAGAGCGCUACGGCAUCUACAAGGAGGAGGAGUUUCUGGACACGCACCAUCUCAAGUAUGACUGCGACACCAUUGUCCUGCAGACGCCGCCUGCCGACCUGCUGCCCCCCUGCCUGAGGGAGAUCAACCUGGUGAACUACCAGGGCGGCAGCGCGCAGAGGAAGCUGGCCAAGUUCCUACUCGGGAACGUUGCCCGGCUGGAGGCGCUAUACUGUGGAUUUGCCGAGGGGCCGCUAUGGAUACAGAACAAGCUCAUGGAUGAGAUGAGAGGCUGGGCCAUGGACAAGAUUGAGCCAAACGACAUGAUGUUCAUGUGA